GAUCUCCAGCUGCAUAAUUAGGUAUAUUCUGGCUGGCAAUCCUGCAAUCACAAUAUGGCAUUGGCAUGUGGUGAUUUUCACCCUUCUGCCUAAUUAUUGUAGAUGUAUUCUUUAAUAAUUUAAUCAAUAACAAUUUGAAAUUCGCACAAUCAGCAUCGUAAUCAUGUCGGUUACAGAUGAUGCUAAAAAUAAAGCUGAAGAACUGAAAGAAAAAGCAAAUGUUUAUUUUAAAAAUAAAGAUUUUGAUAAAGCAAUCGAAACCUAUUCUGAAGCAAUUCAGCAUAACCCAAAUGUAGCAGUAUAUUAUGGAAAUCGCAGUUUUGCAUACCUUAAAACUGAAUGUUUUGGUUAUGCCCUUACAGAUGCUUCAAAAGCUAUUGAAUUAGAUUCUUCCUAUGUUAAGGGCUAUUACAGAAGAGCUGCUGCAUAUAUGUCCCUUGGGAAAUUCAAGGAGGCUUUGAAGGAUUUCAAAGCUGUAACCACUGCAAGGCCAAAUGAUAAAGAUGCAAAAACUAAAUUCUUAGAAUGUUCUAAAAUAGUAAAAAGAAAAGCAUUUGAAAAUGCUAUUUCUGUGGAAGAAACCAAAAAAUCUGUUGCUGACUCUUUGAAUUUAGAAACGAUGACUAUUGAGGACUGUUAUAAUGGUCCUAAAUUAGAAGAUGGAAAAGUAACAUUAGAUUUCAUGAAGAGUCUAAUGGAAACAUUUAAGGAGGGUAAAAAGUUGCACCGGCGUUAUGCUUAUCAGAUCUUACUUGAUGUCAAAACUCUGUUUGAAAAGAUGCCUACAAUGGUUGAGGUUCAAAUACCUGAGAAUGACAAGUUUACUGUUUGUGGAGAUAUUCAUGGCCAGUUUUAUGACUUAAUGAAUAUUUUUGAAAUGAAUGGUUUGCCAUCAGAAACAAAUCCUUAUUUAUUCAAUGGUGAUUUUGUAGAUAGAGGCUCAUUUUCUGUUGAAUGCAUUUUUACCUUAUUUGGUUUUAAACUAUUGUUUCCAAAUCAUUUCUUUAUGUCACGAGGCAAUCACGAGAGUCAAACUAUGAAUCAGAUGUAUGGCUUUGAAGGAGAAGUAAAGGCUAAAUAUUCAUCCCAAAUGUCAGAACUCUUCACUGAAGUAUAUAACUGGUUGCCAUUGUGCCAUCUACUAAACAAUAGAGUUUUGGUAAUGCAUGGUGGAUUGUUCUCAGAGCCUGGAGUGACACUAACUGACAUUCGCAAAGUUGACAGAAAUAGGCAACCUCCUGAAAAAGGACUAAUGUGUGAGUUACUCUGGUCUGAUCCUCAACCCCAGCCUGGUAUUUCACCUAGUAAAAGGGGUGUAGGAGUUCAAUUUGGCCCAGAUGUUACAAAAGAGUUCCUUGAUAAAAAUAAAUUAGACUAUAUUAUACGUAGUCAUGAAGUUAAAGCUGAAGGAUAUGAAGUAACGCACAAUGGAAAGUGCAUUACUGUUUUUUCUGCACCUAAUUACUGUGAUACAAUGGGAAACAAAGGAGCCUUUAUUACCCUAAAAGGAAAAGAUAUGAAGCCCAACUUUGUUACAUACACUGCUGUUCCUCAUCCAAACGUGAAACCCAUGGCAUAUGCCAGCAGCUUGCUUGCUUUCAUGUGACGUCGGUCAUCUUAGAUAAUCAUAGCCUCAGGAAAUUCUGUUAUGUAAAUACAAACUCCUUUGUUGUUGUUUUCUCAGCAUCUGUUUCAUUGAAUAACUCUGGAGAUGUUUAUAUUUAGAAUUAUACUGUUUUAAUAAAUACUUGUAUAUAAUAAUUUUAAUUUAAA